UUGUUCGCAGACGCUGUGGACGGUGGGAGUAGAUCCAUUUCCGGGUUGGCAAAAGGGGCGGUGGCGGUGAGAAAGGUUGAGAGAGAGAGAGAGAGAGAGAGAGAGAGAGAGAGAGAGAGAGAGAGAGAGAGAGAGAGAGAGAGAGAAAACGAGCGAGCGAGAGAACGAGAGAGAGAACUGGCGGCGGCGGUACCGGAGGAGAGAGGCUCUCGGAGCGGCGGCGGCCUGAGUGCGGACCGGCCGGGGCGGUCGGGCCCCGGAACUGAGAGUGACCUGGUGUACUUGGGAGUCUAUUUUCCUAGCAUUCUGAAACCAUCCUGAACUUCAUGGGCUGGAGGUUCUAGGUGUUUCAGCAGCCCCGGACUUCACUGACCCCCUGUUGAGCUGAAGGUUAUGAAGAGAGGACACAGUUAUUCGGAGGUAUAUGAGUGGCCCAACGCUUCCAACCGUUAAAAGACAGCACCAACUGGGAGCAGGGCAAGGAUGCCAAUUCCGCCUCCUCCUCCACCUCCACCUCCACCUGGUCCACCUCCACCUCCCACUUUUAACCAGGCAAACACAGAACCGCCCAAGCUGAGUAGGGAUGAACAGCGGGGCCGAGGAGCCCUAUUACAGGACAUAUGCAAAGGGACUCGACUGAAAAAAGUGACUCAUAUCAAUGAUCGGAGUGCUCCAGUCCUUGAGAAACCUAAAGGAGGAAGUGGGGGUUAUGGUUCUGGAGGAAAUGUCUUGCAACCUAAGGGAGGUCUCUUCCAAGGAGGAGUGCCAAAACUCAGACCUGUUGGAACAAAGGACAUUUCAGAGAACCUAGCUGGCAAGACAGUUGUACAGGUCUCUGGUUCCCGAGCCAAUGCCCCAAGGCCCCCAGUGUCCACAGGCAAUAGCCGUCCCCAAGAUGAUUCAAACAGUAGCCGGGCAUCCCCCCCAGAACUGCCGCGGAUGCAGAGACCCUCUUUACCGGACCUAUCCCGGCCCAAUUCCACCAGCAGCACGGGCAUGAAACAUAGUUCUUCAGCUCCCCCGCCACCACCCCCUGGGCGGCGUGCCAAUGCACCCCCUGCACCUUUGCCUAUGCACAGCAGCAAAGCCCCAGCCUACAACAGAGAGAAGCCUUUGCCACCAACUCCUGGACAGAGGCCUCCCCCUGGCCGAGAGGGGCCUCCUGCUCCACCUCCAAUUAAGCCACCUCCUUCCCCUGUGAAUAUUAGGACAGGACCAAGUGGACAUAAUCAGUCUUUGGCUCCCCCUCCACCGCCUUACCGUCAGCCCCCUGGUGUUCCCAAUGGGCCUUCAAGCCCCACUAAUGAAUCAGCCCCUGAGCUUCCACAGAGACACAAUUCUUUACAUAGGAAGACACCAGGUCCCCUUAGAGGCCUGGCACCUCCCCCACCCACCUCAGUCUCACCUUCUUUACAGAGUAGUAGACCACCUCCCCCUGCCCGAGAACCUCCCAGUCGGGGAGCAGCUCCACCACCCCCACCCCCCUUAAUUCGAAAUGGUGCCAGAGAUGCCCCACCUCCACCUCCACCAUACCGAAUGCAUGGCUCUACAGAACCCCUGAGCAGAGGAAAACCCCCACCUCCACCUUCAAGGACACCAGCUGGGCCACCUCCGCCACCUCCACCACCCCUGAGGAAUGGCCACAGAGAUUCCAUUGCAACUGUCCGAUCCUUCCUGGAUGAUUUUGAGUCCAAGUAUUCUUUCCAUCCAGUGGAAGACUUCCCUGCUCCAGAAGAAUAUAAACAUUUUCAGAGAAUUUACCCCAGCAAAACAAACCGAGCCACUCGUGGGGCUCCACCCCUGCCACCUGUCCUCAGGUGAAGCCCAGGUGCAUCCUAUUCCUCAGCAAAAGGAUGGACCUUCUCCAAUUCUCAAAUGGUCCCUACUGUUUCCCCAAAACCUGCAUGAGAACUCCCAUCGUGUUCUUCCAGUGCAACCAACCGCUCAGAAUUCAACAUCCCUCCCAGCUCAUCUUCAUCUAUGCAUCUCCUCACUGGACUUGAUUGGACUGUCUUACUCUGGCAGUGGGUUCCCUGUUUCUCCAAUUCCUUUUACCUGGUGAACCCUCCUAACUGUGUGAGGAAGUAGCUUCUGUCUCCUGUUCUCUCUUUGGAGAGAGGUGCCUUGUGAUGAAUUCACUAAUCAGAGCAGGGUGAAGACAGUAUCCUUCUUGUUUCCAUGUCAAAUCCUUCUCCCCUUCCCCGACCCCAGGAAGCCAAAUGGGUUAUGUGGACUUCAAGCCAUUAGGGAGCUUGGCAUAGCCAUUACCACCUCUGUUCUUUGUGGGGAGAGUGCCAUCUUCAGUAAAAUAGGAAAGAUGUAUGCAGAGAUAUUAUCUUCUUCAAAGGUCACAGUUGCAAAGUGGGACAGGCAAGGAGUCUUCUUUCUUCUUGGGGUGUCUUUUUUUUUUAACACAGGUUCAAGUUCUAGACUACAUUUGGGUUUAAAUACUACAUACUAAUCAGUUAAGCUUAAAGCAUAUACUAAAAUGAGAGAAUGGGCUCAAGGUAAGGGCUUCUCAGCUCAAGUCAUUUCCUCCAUAGCAAAAGGACCAAAAGAGGAUUGAGUCCUCAGGGGCCCCCUGCCUCAUUUACCCCAAAUCCCCAAGUAGGCUCAGUUGAGGAACCUUUCUAAUCCUUUGGAUCACAUGCUAAGGAACUGUCACCAGUGCAGGUCCAUAGUAGUCCCUAUGGAAGAAGAUGGAGCUGAAUUGCAUAUGUGUAUAUGACCAGAAACUCCUUGUUAUACCCAAGACCAAACACAGUGCUGGAUUACCUUCAUUAUUUUUCCAUGUACUGUUGUUUUGAUGGGGUCUGUUGAAGGGAAACUUUUUCUAUUCUUAUUUUAAAACCUGGUUGCAGUUAUCCCUCAGAGAUGCCCUCAGCACCUGGGAUUGGGAGGAGAUGGAAAGACUUCCCUGGCAAGGAGUCCUAGACUGGGGAAAGGAAGGAGGAAAGCUUGAUAUUUAAUCGUACUGAUAAUUUACUUAGUCCUGACUGUGAAGUCUUCAGAUUAUUGUUGAAAUGGAAAUUGGCAACUUUUACA